AUGUGGCCAAAGACGACAAGGUCAAAAUUAUUUCAAAACGUGGGGCCAUCCUCCCCGCCAGAAACACCCAGGACCACGUCUCCUGUUUUUGGCCGCAAGAGCAGUCCCCCGCCGGGGGAGUUGCCGCCACGGGUUCCUCUUCGUCCAAUGGCGCCGCCACUGUCGACAACCAAUACGGCGGUCAAUGGGCUGGCUGCCAGCCACGAGAAUGCGAUUCGCCCCGACCAGCUCUCGCCAUGCCCUAGCAGCUCGUCGUCUGCGGCGUCAUCAGAUUCGGAGGAUUCGGAGGGCUCGAUUGCCGCAGUCGGCGUUUUGCGGUUGGCGACCCAAGACCGGCGAUCGGGAUUGGCCCCACUCGCGCCGGAAGCAAGGAUAGGCCGCAUUGUGACACAGACCGAGCUCAUCGUCGAGGAGUUGAGCGACUUUGGUGACAGCGACGGCGAGCGGCCCGGCGUGGUCCGGCCUUGCGCCAUAGAAUACGCCGAAUCAGACCGCAGCCGCUCAACGUCGCGAAAUCGGCCUGAGAUCGACCAAAAGAUGAUGUACAACCUCGGCAACCUCAACUGCAGCGAUGGCUCAUCCGAAUCAGACCUGGACCCGGAUGAGGUUCACGCAUUCCUAAUCAAGCGGCGCGCCGAAAGGAGGCGCCAGCGCAUGAGCUCAGGCAGCAUCGGCAAGCGGACCAUCAGCGAGAGCAUCGGCAGCGACACGGACCGCGAGGACAUCCGAUCUUUUUUGGGCGCCGAGGAAGCAGGCUCCAGCGCACGUCGCCUGCGGCGGAGGGUUGGCGACCGACACAGUUUGCAGUUUCAGGAUCCCCCGCCGCCCAGGAUCGACGAGCUCGACGAGCCCAACUCGAGCGAGGACGAGAUCUUCAUUGGCGAGUCGCUCGCACGCGAGCUUCCUUACUAUGAAUACGUUAGCAUGGAGGUUGAUUCCCCAUGA